AGUGCGCCCAUCAUCCAGCAGCAGCAGCAGCAGCAGCAGCCGCAGGUCCGGCCAGAGCAGCAGCAGCAGAACUGAUUCUCGGAUCAGACACAGCAGAGCCCAGCAGAGAAGGAAGAAUGGAGUUCAGAGCUCAGAGCUCAGAGCGCAGAGGCCGAACGAACCGAAGUCGAUAUUAGAAGUAACAGGGGAGGGGGCGGUGCGCUCAGAAUCUACUGAUCUGGCAUUCUCGUUAAGGGAUGAUCGGGAACUGGGACGACGUGGUGGAUGGUGGCGAGCGCCUGAUCUGGCUUCGUGCCGAGUCCUGAGGGGGGGUCUUGUUGUCGGAGCGAGAGAGAGAGGGGGGAGGGGAUUGCUGCUGUCGUUGCGUCGUGGAAGACGGGGGGAGGGGGCGGGUGCGGGGGCGGAGCGGGGAGUUCCUGCCAUUUGGGGGCUCCUGGUGCAUGGAGGAGGGGCGAAGCUUAUUUGUUACGGACCGCUGUUGGUGUAGGGAGGUUCUUGUUGUUUCUGGUGCCAAUGUGGAGGAUCGGGGAGUGAUGGGGGAGAUGGGAGAGGGGAAGAGAGAGAAACGAGGGACAGCAGACACGGGGAACGAGACGCACUACCGAUGAUGGAGUUGAUUUGAGCCCGAGGCGGUGGCCGGUGGAGGAGAGCAAUUGACGGGAAGGGAAGGGAGGCAGGACGGAGGUGGACGACGAGCUUGGAGAGACGGGGCGAAUGGAAACGAACCGAGAUCGAUUGGAGCAAUCUGCUUGGAAGCAUGCAGGGAGAGAAUGAGAAUCGGACACCUAGAUCGAGAGAGUGAGAUAGCGAGCGGCAGUGCAGUGCAGUCCAGUUCAGUUCAGCUCGGCUCAGCUCAGCUUUGCUCUGCUCUUCUAUUAUCGUGGGACCUUGGCUGGGCCACCAACUGGACUGGAUUGACUACGAAGCGAAUGAUCUGACGAAUCUGCCUGCUGCUAGCUCGGUCGACCAAGUCGCCGAAGACGGCCUGGAGAGGAGAGAAUUUGCGAUUUCAGCUCUCGUCCGCACCGUCAUUCGAAGAGUGUGGACUGGAUUCGUCGCUGUAUGGAGAGGGAAUACCUUUUCUCACGCCGCGUGAAUCCAUACCUCCGUCGCUCAGGAAGACGUCGAGCACGGCCUCGACCAGUCCCGCCGAGCCGCUGCUUCCGCGAACAUUGUCCAUGCCUGGCAUGACGAAUGAAGCCUCCAGGCCUGAGACGUAUGUCGAUGAAGCCGGAAUACUGUCCUUCAGCCAGAGGCAGGAGAAUCUCGAGGCCGACACAACCAAGUACUACGAACUGAUGCACGAUUUUGAGCCGCAUUCGUCCUUGCACCACCACGGGCACGUCAAGAGGAAAGCAGCUCCAAAAGCCUCGCAUCUCUCGAGCGCAAUGGUUGCAGACGAUGGGACGGGAGAGAAUCUUAUGGCAUUCCUCGCAGGCAUGCCAGCAGGCGAUGAGGAUUCGGUAAUCCUCAACAACAGCCGCUUCAGGGACCCCGCCGUGCGCCAGAGGAGCUCGGCGUUGAAGCACUCGUCGUCGUCGUCGUCGUCGGGGGCGGCGAGUGCGCACCACCACCACCACCACCACCAUUCGAAGAGCGUCCAUGCUUCCGCGGAGGGCGAUCACAAUCGAUCACUCGCCCAGGGGGAGCACAGGCCAAUUCUGAGAGCGAUCGCCGAAGAGCGCGAGGGCCAGCAGCAGCAGCAGCAGCAGCCACAGGAGGAAGUGGCUUCUUAUCUGGCUGGCAAGUCCAUGGCAGAGGUGUACGCUCACCUCAAGUCCAAAGCGAGCGUCUCGGAAAUUGAAGAAGUGCCGGACGAGGCAGGCAAUCCCAAGCCUCCUCCGAAAUCGGUGCCACACCAUCACCGCUCCGGGAGAGAGGUCCUGGUGGACCCUGCGUCGAGCUCAGCUGCAGCAGCUGAAGCAACGACAUCGAACGCGGCGAAGGAGGGCAAGAGUGCCAACAAGCCGCCGUCGGGGCGCCCUGCGCUGAGCCCUCGGAUUGCGCGGCAGGAGUCGGCCGAUUCGCAAGCCGAUCUGCAGGCCGGAGGCUCGUCCGAGGCGCGCAAGCGAUGGCGGCGUGUCAGCAACACGCUCACCUUCGCUCGACGCUUGUCGAGCGUGCGAGACUCGGCCAGCGAUUUUCUGGAGCACACGAGCCCGGACCCUCUGGCGGUCGAUUUCCAUGUGCGCAGCGAUGCUGGUCGCGCCGGCGCCGCGGCCUUCGAAGGCGCCCGGACCCGCGCGCUCGGGGGCCGCGCCCGCGCCAAGGGCCGUCAAGGCAUGGAGGGCAUGCUCGUGCAGCAAGACAAAGGCGUCGUCGCCCUCGUCAAAGACUUCUACGUGGCCUGUUUGAAGAUGCCCAUGGCGCAUUUUUUGGUUGGAUUAUUUCUUGCACCGAUCGCUCUGGGCUUGGUGUUCACUCCGCUCUACCUCUUCGACAAGGCGGGGCUGGAAGUCGAUGGCCGCCCGCUCACCGAGGACACACCGAUCGUCGGUCGAGUGGCAGCUGCGAAACAAAAGGUUUCGGCGCUUUUGAAUGUAUUUCUAUAUGCUCUCUCACUAAUUACUUCCUAUGGGGGUUCCCCUGUUAAUGCCACUUCGCCCUACUGCCUCGUCGUUGCUAAUGUCAACACUCUGAUGGGCAAUUUUUUAUUUGUGUUCCUCAGCGGAGCAGUUUUUGCACGCAUGUCACAACCGUCACAUCCAGUGCGAUGUUCAAAGAAAGCUAUAAUUCGGAUCGAUGAUUUCUCCAUACCUCUGGACGAACUCAAGGAGAAAUUCAGGGUUUUUGCUGUGAGGUUGGUCCUGACCGGGCCGCCUCCGUGCGAGCUGGUGGGUGCGAAAAUAUGUCUGACUUUCCGAAUCUUUAUCAAACUUCCGUCGGGGUCGAUGUUCUGCACCACACAAGACUUGGAACUUGUUCGACCCGAGGUGCCUUACCUCCGAUACGGAAUCAUGGUUCGGCAUAUCAUCGAUAAAAGAAGUCCUCUCUACGGACAUUCUAUGGAGUCCCUCUCAGAUGGGGACGCUUCAUUCUCGCUGACCAUUUCGGGGCAGGAGAGAACCUCGAUGCAGCCUAUUUUUCACUUGGAGGACUAUUUUGUGUGCGAUGGGGACGUGGCCUGGGACGGUGAUUACGUCGAUUUCAUUCACAUCAAUACCGAAGGCCAGAGGGUUCUUGACCAUUCGAAGAUCGACGAAAUACACGUCUCCAAGGAAACCAAGUUUGGCUGCGGAGGUACUCCCCAACCACAGAAGAGCCCCGAGAGGGAGAGAGAGAAGGAGAAAGAGAAAGCCAAGGAUGCGACGAAGGGAUGGUCGGCGAGUGCACUUCGUGGGCGCAAAAUAUGGAGCUCGAAAUCAACUUCAUUCACGCGAGCAGAUUGGUGACAAGGCUGACGCUCCAUUCGGCACGAGCUCCAGCCCGUAGAUUGGCGAUCGGGGGCUAAAUCAGGCAUCGUGGUUAUGUAGCAUCCCCCAGCUAUAGAAGCCCGACCAUUUUUCUAUCCACGAACUGCUGUGAAAAAUGAGUGUAAAUUUUCUUAAUCUAUACAUGUACAAUCAAUCAAGCGCAGACUCUCUCUGCAAAUUUUGAAUGAUAAAAGCCGAAUCGACUUCCCUAGUCUUAGGUCCAGUAGACAUGAACCUCCUCCAGCUACUUCUCCCGCGAGCUGCCGCGACCUGUGUCUGAUGGCGCCGUGGUUCAGACCAGAGAGAGGGAGAGAGAGUUCUCUCGGAGGCUCAUCAAUCAGCAGUAGGGAGCAGAAGUGCCUCUUCAUUCCUGUCUCAUGUGAAAUGUUUGUGUAAGCUCGAAGAGUUUAAAGGGAGCACAAGCCGGAUUAUACGGCAGGCUUCACUCUACCACA